CCUCGCGGCGCUUUUCUCAUUCCCAGCCGGAAAACCUUUGGAAAAAAAAAAAAUCCCUCAAGCCGCAAUUCCCGAUUUUCCAACCCCAAAAUUCCCGAUUUUCCAGCCGUGACUCAGCAGCCGCUCCCGGAUUUUUCCCGCAUUUUUGGAGCGAUGCGGCCGCCGGGAGCAGCCGGGAAAACCGGGAAUUUUUAUCCCGAUUUUCCCGCUUUUCCUCAUUUUCCUCAUCCCGAUCCAUGAUCGCAUUCCCGGCAUUCCAGGAAUUCCCGGCAUUCCCGGAAUUCCAGCUCCGCUCCUGGGAAAUGCUGCCCGUGCCCGGAGCAGGGGUUUGCGGCUGUUGCGGAGCGCUCCGGCCCCGCUACAAGCGCCUGGUGGACAACAUCUUCCCUGAGGAUCCCGAGGAUGGGCUGGUGAAGACCAACAUGGAGAAGUUGACCUUCUACGCGCUGUCGGCCCCCGAGAAGCUCGACCGCAUCGGGGCCUACCUGUCCGAGCGCCUCAUCCGCGACGUCGGCCGCCACCGAUACGGGUCGGCAUUCCCGGAAUUCCCGGAAUUCCCGGAGUUCCCGGGGUUCAUGGG